AGGUAAACUGUAUAAUUAGUUUUUAUUUUCAUCUAUAUUUAAUGCUCCAUGCAUAUGAUCAAAGAUUCGAUGUGACGGGGAAUCUUGAAAAUUUUUGCGAACGCCUUAACCUCCUCGUCUCCUUCCCUGCGGAUAGAAACCCCCCAAAUCCCCCAAAUCUUCUCGACUCCGACGAUGCCGCCGCCGACGGGCGCCCCGCAUUCCCCGUCCGCUGACAAUCUCCUCGUGCCAUGGGUGGCAUCCCAGCCGGGAGCUGACGGCCGCAAGAAGCCGGCGGUCGCGACCGGGCGGGUGUGGUCGGAGGCGGACGAAGUCCGCAUCCUCGAGGGCCUUGCCGCGUACGCCGCGGCCCACGGCGAAGAGCCGCGCCGGUCCCAGCUCCACGCGGCGCUCGACGGCCGCGGCCUGGACAAGGCCGAGUUCACCGUCACUGAGAUCUACGAGAAGGUGCGGCGGCUCCGGAUCAAGUACGCGAACCUGCGCUCCGCCGGUGGCGUGCCGGUGCCUGCAGGCGGCGAUGAGGCGCGCAAGUACGAGCUGUCGAUGGCGAUUUGGGGCGACCGGCCGCUCAAUGUCCCCAAGAAAGUAGGCGCCAGCCGUGCCACCAAAGCCCGUGCCAAUGCCAAUGCGGCGGCGAGCACACGCGUGCGCAGGGGUGUCGAGGAGCUGCAGGGGAUGUACCCCAACCUUGCCUUGGCAGUUGAGGGGAUCACGGACGACGACUCGCUGCGGCCAAUGGUCAAGAGGGCCUUCCAACUUAUCAGCGACGAACAAGCACGUGAAUUGGAUGCCAAAAUGAAAAAGCAGAUGACUAUGGAGGCGCAGAUGACGUUGAACCAGACUGCUUUGAGGAACCAGGUACUUGACGUGCUUACCAACGUUGAUGAUGAGUAGGUAUAUAUAUAUAAUCUUCUGUGGGAAAUGAACUCUAGAGGAAUUAGUCAUGUUUAUUGUCGCCAAGUAAGUUUAUCACUCUAAGUAGGAGGUGGUGGAUGACGAUUU